UCAAAAAGACCGGAGUUGACCUUCUUGCUGCCAGAAACAAUGGCAAAUGUUGGCUCAUCAUCGUUGCGGCAGGCCGCGCGCCUGUGCGCGAAGAACAUCUCUUCAGCAGGACUGAUUAGAAGCUCCGCUUUACCGCGAGCGGCGGUUGUGGCAGCUUCAGGGCAAAAAGUCUCGGGCCGACGCUACAUCUCCGAAUCGAAUAAGGAUGCUGCUCAGAUGAACGUCGAGUCGGCCAUCAAGGCCGACCAGAAGAAGUUCGUCCAGGGGAUGGGGAAGACCCAGCUCGAGCAGCCGAUGCAGACCACGGGGGCGAACGCGGAUGCUAUGAUGGAUCCUAUGGCGGGUGUCUUGAAACAGGCUACCAUCAUGGACGAAGGACAGAGGCCCAUCUAUCUCGAUAUGCAAGCCACGACUCCUCUUGAUCCCCGUGUUCUGGAUUCCAUGCUGCCGUUCUUCACUGGACUGUACGGAAACCCUCACUCGAGGACGCACGCGUACGGUUGGGAGACGGAUAAGGCCGUCGAGCAAGCCCGCGAGAACAUCGCGGCCUUGAUCGGUGCCGAUGCGAAGGAGAUCAUCUUCACGUCGGGGGCUACGGAGAGUAACAACAUGAGCAUCAAGGGGGUGGCGAGAUUCUUCGGAAGGUCGGGGAAGAAGAAGCACAUCAUCACAUCGCAGACCGAGCACAAAUGCGUGCUUGACUCGUGUAGGCAUUUGCAAGAUGAGGGCUUUGACAUCACAUACCUUCCUGUCCAGAGCAAUGGCCUCAUCAGCAUGGAGGAGCUUGAGGCAGCUAUCCGUCCGGAUACCGCUCUCGUCAGUAUCAUGGCUGUCAACAACGAGAUUGGUGUUAUCCAGCCUCUUGCUGAGAUUGGCAACCUGUGCCGCUCCAAGAAGGUGUUCUUCCACACCGAUGCCGCCCAGGCUGUUGGCAAGAUCCCAAUGGACGUCAACGAGAUGAAGAUCGAUCUGAUGUCCAUCUCGGCACACAAGAUUUACGGACCAAACGGUAUUGGUGCCUGCUACGUGAGGAGAAGACCAAGAGUCAGGCUUGACCCCAUCAUCACUGGUGGUGGCCAGGAGAGAGGAUUAAGAAGUGGCACACUUGCGCCACCGUUGGUUGUCGGCUUCGGCGAGGCUUCCAGAAUCGCCAAGCAAGAUAUGGAUUACGACACCAAGCACAUCAAGAAACUCUCCGACCGCCUCCUCUCCGGCCUCCUCGCCAUGGAACACACCACCCAAAACGGCGACCCCAACCACUUCUACCCCGGCUGCGUCAACGUCUCCUUCGCCUACGUCGAAGGUGAAUCCCUUCUCAUGGCGCUGAAGGACAUUGCCCUCUCCUCCGGCAGCGCAUGCACCUCCGCCUCGCUGGAGCCCAGCUACGUGCUCCGCGCGCUCGGCAGCAGCGACGAGAGCGCGCACAGCAGUAUCCGUUUUGGCAUUGGCCGAUUCACGACGGAUGCUGAGAUCGACUAUGUGCUCAAGGCUGUCCGGGAGCGGGUUUCGUUCUUGCGCGAGCUGAGCCCGUUGUGGGAGCUUGUGCAGGAGGGGGUGGAUCUUAACACUAUUGAGUGGAGCCAGCAUUAGUUGGUUGUUGUGCCGUGAUAGGGAGUAUGUGGGAUUGUGACACUGUACAAAAGACAACGUUAGCAAAGGGAGGGGGGUUAUUGAUAUCCAAGGGCGUUUAUUGAGCACGUAUGGGGGGGUUACUCAUUCAAAGCACGCAUUUGUUGAAAGCCGCGUGAACAUAAUUUACCUUCUUUACUGUACUGUUUACUGUGCUGUACAUCGUGAAGGGAACACCAUUUUGCGCCUUGGACCCUAUGCACGUCUUCAACAGCCAUCAACAACCAUCAACAACCAUCAACACCUCAAACCCCUGUAUUCAUCAGUGGAGUCUCCGCCAUCUAGCAGCUUGUGGAAGGUGCUUCUUCCUCCUCGCCCACUUCAUCCUAGCCUUGCUGCUCUUAACAUUAUAGAUUAUGACGUCAACCCCUCAACCCACCAAUCAGAUCCCCCCAACACCCCAUGGCAUUCUCGCCAGACCCUGGAAAUGCCAUGACGUAGAUGCUAAAAGUGAUGGAAUUGCUGAAAUGCUGUGCUUGUUUACCCCUCCAUGCACAUGCCGUGGGUCGCCGGGUUGUUGUUCGCGAUUCCAUGAAUUCCUCAAGAAUGGGGG